AUGCAAGCAGUGAUAUUCAAAGGCCCAUUGGAAGUCGUGCUCGAAACGCGCCCUAUCCCCCAGAUCCAGGAUCCCACAGACGCAAUCAUCAAAGUCCGCUACACGACGCUAUGUGGCAGUGAACUCCACGUCUUCCGCGGGCACCAACCCUCCAGCACAGGCUUCAUAAUGGCCAACGAAUUCACCGGCGAAGUCACCGAAACCGGCGCUGCAGUCCAGAACUUCAAAAAGGGCGAUCGCGUCGUCGCACCCUUCACCAUCAGCUGCGGCGAAUGCUUCUACUGCGCCCGGGGGUGUUCCUCGCGCUGCGCCAAGGGGAAGCUGUUUGGCUCCGCGGUGCUGGACGGCGGACAGGCGGAGUAUGUGCGUGUCCCGCUAGCGGAUGGCACGCUGGUCGCGGCGCCGGCCGCCGUGGAUGAGAAGAAGCUGGUUCUGAUGGCUGAUAUCUUCCCGACGGGGUACUUUGCUGCGAGAAAUGCGUUCCGGGGAUGGGAGGAGGAGGUUGUGCGGGGGAGUACGGUCGUGCUGUUUGGGUGUGGGCCUGUGGGAUUGUGUGCGCUUAUCAGCGCGCUGGAGUAUCGACCUGCGGCUUUGAUUGCGGUGGAUAGUGUGCCGGACAGGCUGGAGCGAGCGGGGAGUCUGGGUGCGGAGGCGUGGAAUUUCCAGACGGAUGCGCAGGGGCUGCGGGAGAGGGUGCUCGAGUUGACGGAUGGGCGGGGGGCGGAUGUGGCUAUUGAGGUUGUCGGGCAUAGCAGUGCGUUGCGGAUGGCGUUUGAGUUGCUGCGGCCGUGGGGGCGCAUCUCGAGUGUGGGUGUGCAUAACGGGGAGAUUCCCUGGACGGGGAACGAGGCGUAUGGGAAGAAUCUGCAGAUUCAGAUGGGGAGGUGUCCUGUUCGGAGCAUCUUUGGCGAUGCGUUGGAAUUGCUGGUGAAGAAACAGGAUUCACUGGAGUUCAUGACUGCUGAUAUUCGACCGCUGUCGGAAGCUAUCGCAGCGUACGACGACUUUAAUCAGAUGAAGUCCCAGAAGGUGAUCUUUGAAGCUGGAAAGCAAUAG